AAAAAAAAAAAAAAAGGUAAGGAGAGUGCAACAUCAAGUGAAGAGGAAAGAUGGUUAGAUGCUAUAGAAUCUGGAAAAUUAGAAGAGGUAGAUGACGAAUUGAAAAAGAUAAAGCCUAAGGAUCCUAAGCUGAUGACUGCAAGGCAAAGAGCAAUGUUGGAGCGAAAAACCACAGAUAAAGAGCCUGGCUCCAGUGGAGAACAGCUAUUGGCACUGCCCACUGGAUACAGAGAAAAGGUCAUGACGCCGGAAAUGGCACUCAAGGCCCAGAUUAAGUCUCAAAAACGUAAACAACAAGCAGAUGAAAAAAGAGAAAAGGAUAAGAAAAAGACAAUUCGACUGCAAUUUAUUUCAGGAAUUAACAAAACAUCUCGGUAUCCAUCACAUUAA